GUGUUGAAAAAUUUGAAAGCAUCUAGAUCGUCUUCUAAAUUGAACAGUCAACAAACUUUUGUUUAUUUCAAUAGAGUGGAUUUACAGUUUCAGUUGGGAAUACUCGAUUAUGAACCAUCCAUACGUGUCUUGAAAUAGUGGAUCUAGGACUGACGUCAACACAUUAGGUUAUGGCAAACUUGAAUUUCCAGCAAGCGCCUAGAAGCUUAGCAAGUGGCGGGGUCGGUGCGCGCGGACUGGUAUCCGGCGUCUCCGGGCAUGUGACGCCCACGUUCGGCGGCGCCCUAUCACCGGGCCGGGGCUCCUCGGUGAUGCCCGGAGGCGCCCCGCCCUCUAUGGCCUCUAGGUCAACACUGUUCGGACAACGAGCGUUUACGGAACGGAGAGUGCCCAUGCCUACGACGCUAUCGCAACCAAAUUCCAAUUCCAUGUCUAGUAUGGGCAACUUGACGAGGUUUAACGCCGGCAAUAAUUACCAUUCUGUGUUUGGCGAGGGCGGUGACACGUCGACGCCUCCUCUAUUAGAUCUAAGCGAAUUUCCAUCGUUAACGGCGCGCGGGGCCGGCGAUCAAGCGCCCGCCGCCGCGCCGCCGCCACCUGGCUCUAAACCUUACGUGGGUAUGGUGAAGCAGCCGACGUCCGAGCAGUCCGAGUUCACGAUGUCGUCAGAGGACUUCCCCGCGUUGCCGGGCACGUCCAGCACGGGGGGGGCGGCGGUCGGCCCCCCCGGCCCCGCGCACCACCCCCACGCGGAAUACACCGCACACCCCGCGCAUCCCGCACACCCCGCGCACGCGCUAGCCCAGGACAAACCCAGGAAAGGCAUACAGACCGAGCCCGAUGGCAAAGUAACGAAUAUACCAGAGACAAUGAUACCGAACCAGUUCGGUAUAGUCGGCCUGUUGACGUUCAUACGAGCCGCGGAAUCUGAUCCCAGUUUAGUAUCGCUGGCUUUGGGUCAGGAUUUGACCGCGCUCGGGUUAAAUCUUAACUCGCCGGACAACUUGUAUCUCACCUUCGCUGGACCAUGGGCGGACACGCCCUGUAGACCGCAAGAUAUGGAUUAUCACGUGCCUCCUGAAUAUCUGAUAAACGGCUCUAUUAGAGAAAAGUUGGCGCCUCUACGACUGAAUCGAUAUAAGGAAGAUUUAUUGUUUUAUUUGUUCUACUGUUUCGUUGGCGACGUCCUACAAAUCGCAGCUGCCGCUGAGCUGUAUAAUCGCGAAUGGCGGUAUCACAUGGAGGAGAAGGUGUGGAUCUCUCAAGCGCCGGGCAUGCCAAUGGUAGAGAAGACUUCCACAUACGAACGAGGGACUUAUUACUUCUUUGACGCGCACAAUUGGCGCAAGGUGGCGAAAGAAUUCCACCUGGACUACAGCAAGCUGGAGGGGCGGCCCCAGCUGCCGCCGCACGUGCUCACGUAGCGCUCUCACACACCUAAUGUAGUUUUGUUAUAUAAAAAGUACAAGUUUAAAAAAAAUAA